AUGUUUCAUUUCUUUCCUCUAGAAUCUAGGUCUUCUGAACUUGAUGGGGAAACUGAACCAUCACACCCAGAAGGAAGAAAGCUCACAUAUGAGCGAGAUUUCCUGUUACAAUUGCAGACCCAUCCUUUAAGCCAGAUAAAACCAGAGGGGCUACCAGAUUUAGAAGUUGUCCUUGGUCAAGCCCGAACCCUUUCAAAGUCAUGCUUUUCACAAAACAGGUAUUUCAGUAAAACCAGAUGUUCUAUCAGUUUGCUGAAGAAAUCGGCAGAAAAUUUAAUUUUGCUUGUAAGGUACAAUGGAAAUAAAUUUGGAAGAUUUUUUGAUACGAACUCUUUUUUUUUAGGAUGCAAAAAUCUGAUGGUAAUGAAAAUAUGUUCCUUCCUUCGUUUAUGCGCCAGCAGUCAAGAGUAAGUUGCUCUAAUUAUUGA